AAAACUCACCAGGAUCUCAGUGAGGCCAAGCAGCUGCACCUUGUGGAAUUUCGUAAAGAGAACUUGGAUUACCCCCGGGUUGUGGCUUCCCCCCAGAGUGGCAAGGUGCGCAGCCUGGAAGAAAUUCCCAAGGACGAGGAGCUUGACUUCGGCUUGUACACGAUGGAUGGCAAGGUGGAACUGCAGAGGAAAAAGUACCCUCCUGGUUAUCAGAGUUUGCCCAGCUACAACACCUUCCUGAAGAAGUACUCGAAGCGCCGUAACCAUGAUAAGGUGAUGGUGGACAUGAGGGUGGAAUACGGGGAACUGCGAAGCUUCUACACCGAGAAGUACCCCGAAUGCAAGCCAGGGCCUAAGAGGAGUGCCGAAGAAGCCAUGUAAAUAAAGCCUAGAUGGAGGGGCCACAAGGAACUGGGGUAUGGGCACCAGUUGUUGAUACUGAAGCAAUGAUAAUAUGGUCCUCGUGUUGGAGUAUUGUUUAUAUAAUUGUACAUUUUAUUAAUUUUGUUUCUUAUAUGAUGUGUAGCGAAUAAAUAAAUGAGGAAAUACAGUUA